GGGAGGUUCGGACUGUUGUGCGCCCCCUGGCUCCCGGGGCGGGGGUCGUGUCGUCGGCCCCGGACGAGCCCUGCCCGCCUUGGCCUUCAGAGUUUCAGGGCACGCAGUGCUUAGGCGCACUUCCCGCUACCGAGUUUCGUGACCCCUCCUGAGGUCGCUGGAGGCCGGGCUAGGCAGGUGCUUUCAAAAGGCGGCCCGGCCACUUGAGCGUCUACAGUGCUUACUCUGCACCCGGCUCUACCCGAGAGCGUGCUGGAGACAGCGGAGUGGUGGUGUCCGGACAGGGACAGCUCUGGACCGGCCACAGCAGUCCUGUGCUUCAGUGGCAAGCUCAGCGCCAGGCUUCACAACGCUGCUCUCGCUUUAGUCCCAAGCGUCCAGAAACCAGGGGGUUAGAAACACUUCGCCCUGAGAACAGAGGCAAGGGUUACGGCCUCUCCUUCUGAUGAGACGAGAAGGGAAGGAUGGACUACACGCACCAAACUGCCCUGGUCCCGUGUGGACAGGAUAAAUACAUGUCCAAGAACGAACUUCUCCUCCAUCUGAAGACCUACAACCUGUACUAUGAAGGCCAGAACCUGCAGCUCCGCCACCGAGAGGAGGAAGACGAGUUCAUUGUGGAGGGGCUGCUGAACAUCUCCUGGGGGCUGCGCAGGCCCAUUCGACUCCAGAUGCAGGAUGACCACGAACGCAUCCGUCCGCCUCCAUCCUCCUCCUCCUGGCACUCUGGCUGUAACCUGGGCGCGCAGGGCACCACCCUGAAGCCCCUCACCAUGCCCACCGUCCAGAUUUCAGAAGUGGAUGCGCCCGCUGACAGCAGCGAGACCCCCAGCCCCACAGACUCCAGGGGCCUGAAGCCUGUGCAGGAGGACACCCCACAGUUGAUGCGCACACGCAGCGAUGUUGGGGUGCGUCGCCGUGGCAAUGUGAGGACAUCCAGUGACCAGCGGCGAAUCAGACGCCAUCGCUUCUCUAUCAAUGGCCAUUUCUACAAUCACAAGACAUCAGUUUUCACACCAGCUUAUGGCUCUGUCACCAAUGUCCGCAUCAACAGCACCAUGACCACCCCCCAGGUCCUGAAGCUGCUGCUCAACAAGUUUAAGAUUGAGAACUCGGCAGAGGAGUUUGCCCUGUACGUGGUCCAUACCAGUGGUGAGAAGCAGAAGCUGAAGAACUCUGACUACCCCCUGAUCGCCCGCAUCCUCCAGGGCCCCUGUGAACAGGUCUCCAAGGUCUUCCUGAUGGAGAAGGACCAGGUGGAGGAGGUCACCUAUGAUGUGGCCCAGUACAUCAAGUUUGAGAUGCCAGUCCUUAAAAGCUUCAUCCAGAAACUCCAGGAGGAAGAAGACCGGGAGGUGGAGAAGCUGAUGCGCAAGUACACCGUGCUUCGGCUAAUGAUUCGGCAAAGGCUGGAGGAGAUAGCAGAGACCCCCGAGACUAUCUGAGCCACGGGAGCAAGGGGAAUCCAGACACUCCAGGGGCUGCCGCUGACCUGAGAAGACCCAUGGGAGGCUAGGCACCGGCCUUCCACACAAACCUCUGCAGCGCCCCAGAAGCCAGCAUUGCUCCCUGGAGUAGGACACAGAAGAAAUGUUCCCUCUUUCUGGGUCCCUGUCCUUCUUUGUUUUAUUCUCUAAGGAGGCCCCACAAUGUGUGUGUUCACAUACCUUAGUGUGUGUGUGUUCACAUACCUGGGUGUAUUUGUGUGCACACUCAUAUAUGCAUACGUGUACUUCUUAUGUCCAUGUGCCUCCUUGAUGUUUUCACAUGCAAUUAAAUUCCAAGCAGCCAGCACAGGUGCCACGAGGUGGCAGACACUGCUCCUGAUCAGGAAGAACAGGGGAGGAGCUAAGGCUUUUGCCCCUUCCGGUGCCAACGGCAGUCACACAUACCUGCCCGGUUUGAAAGGGAAGAGGGAUCUGCAGGCUCACCAUUUGGAAUGACUGAAGGUUUGUAGCAGAGAUUCUUCUCCCCAUUUUCCAAGAAGGAUGGGUGACUGCGAGAUCCUUGGAAAUUAGUGAUGUGGAAGCCCCACGCCCUUGGGGCAAGUCCAGGGAAAUGGAGACAUGAGGUCACUGCGGGGCAGAUGCAAUGUGUCCGCGAGUUUUUGCACUGCAGAGGUUAUCGUUGAAGAUAGCACAAUGAAUGUCCUGUCCUGUGUGGAUACCUGGAGAGAGCGGAGUCUGCCUCUGUUCUUGCUUUGUGGAGGUUUCUGGGUGAUUCUGCCCUCUCAGUUGCCACUUGAGUUCUUGGUGUCCUCCUUGGCUUGAAGAAAAGUCUUCUGAAAUGAACGUAACUCCAGCCUGCUCAUGUGCCGGGGCUGGGUGUGGACUGAGAUAAAUGACGUUCAGAAGGUGCUCACCGGUAGGGCUGAAGGGACGGAGAGAGGCCACCUGCUGAAAUGAUGGCCCUUCAAGUCCCAGCGCACAGCCACAUCAGCGGGAGUCGUCCCCACAGGGAGUUGGGGCUUUGCGUUUAAAGCGAACACAUUAUUCUUUCUGGCUCUGCACACUUGCAAGCUUCUUCACCUUCUACACAGAGCUGGAUUCCAAGAAUGAAGACUUGUCCUGUUGUUGAUUAAAACAGGGGUCAAGGAAGCUCUUUGGGGAGUCCUGUGAAGCGUGGGCAGAGGGGACGGUGCUCACUUAGCCUCUGAGCAGCUUUGCUGCUGAUAUUUAGAAUCAGCCUCAUCGGUAGAAUGGGCAGGAAUGGCCCUGUACCCCCUCUGCUAGGGAAACUGUCAUGCAGCUGGCCACCAGUGUGGCUUGCACCAUUUGAGAUGGGACAGAUAGAUGGUAGGAGCUUGGUGCUGGUCUGUGAGACGCCACCAGGCAAGAUGAGCAGCCUGUAACUGGGGCAUCUGAGCCAUUUUGCUGGAUAUCACUUUAGUAACUUAGCUCCUCUGCCGGGGCAGCAUCGAACAUCCCACGGGCAGUGUGAUGGACACCCAGAGGACUGUAGUGUCACUCCUAUCUCCAGGGGACAUCAGCAAAGCACAAAACUACAAGCAGGGGAUGCCGCUUCCCUUGUAAUCGUAAACUUCGGUGGACUUCAGUAAAACCCAGAAUUCAGCAGGGAGCUUUGGGUCCUUUAUGACAGCUGAAGGGCAGCUUUGUGGGUGCAAAUAUUUGAGAAAAUGAUUUGGAUCAUUUCUCUCCCACCUGCUGUUAUCUUGAAUGUUCAGAGCCUAUAUUGCCCCAUAAUUCUCCUUUGGGACUUGGGGGCCUUCCACAGAGCACUGCCUCUCACUGGAAAGGGAUUUCUGGUUUGUGAAGGUUCUUUUGUGAUCCUGUUACUAUGGGACUGUUGCAGAGUGUCAGGUUGCCAGGCUCUCCAAGAAGGUGUUGACUUUUAAAAUGUGGGGUUCAGAAAGAGUUGGGGUACAUAUCCACUAAUCCAUCUUGGUCUUUCCCCUAGAAUCAUUUCUCACAUCUAAAUAACCAUCUAAAUAUGGAGAAUUUUAGGAAGCUGGCUAGGGGUGUGACUCAGUGGUAGAGCACUCCGUGUGUGAGACGCCAACUUCAAUCUCAAGUACCAUGAAGAAGAAGAAGAAGAAGAAGAAGAAGAAGAAGAAGAAGAAGAAGAAGAAGAAGAAGAAGAAGAAGAAGAAGAAGAAGAAGAAGAAGAAGAAAAAGAAGAAGAAAGCCUGCAGUUGGGUGUGGUCCCGUGGUAGAGGAACUGCUUAGUGUGGCAGGGCCUGGUGUCAGACUCCAGAGCCAGCCCCACCCCGUAAACUUUGGGAACCUUUAAGAUAGCUGCCACUAAGCGGACCUCUACUGCGGCAACUGGAUUUUCUCCCCGGUGUCACUUGGCCUUGCGGCUUUGAACUUCAAGGCUGAUUCGUGUAGGUUUACGUAAUUGUGUGCAGUGAACCGGAAAUCCUGAGGAAUAAAAGACCAACGCUUGGCUGGGGGGAGGGGUGGGGGCUAAUCCAAGGUGUGAGAAGCGGUUUGGCUGCUUCUGAACUCUUUUUUCUCCUGCAAAGGCUUAUGUUCCAAGGUGAUCAAUGCACCAGGCACCGUCAGGUGGGGAGGUUAACUCCAGCCCAGGCUCACAUUCUAGUGACCACAUCAGUGGGGAGGUGAUGGCUUAAAACAGAGGGGGAGGGGGAGAGUGUUAGUUGGAAAGGGACCCAAAGCCCAAACACCAGCCUGCCUGUGCUGGUGAGGAGCACGCGGCUCACAAUGGACAGACAACAGCCGAGGCUGAGGAGAGAGCCUCAAGAGCUGUACUAUGGCCCAAGGCCAAGAUGUUGGUCUGAGACAAGUUGAGGUUUGCGGGAGAAACAUUUGCACCCCUCUCCUUUGCUAACUAUUUCUAGAAACUUCCAGAUAAAGACAUUUUAUCGUUUUAUCUGUGGCAUAUGAUGAUCUUCCAAAAUCUGUUGUCCAUGCAAAAACAUCUUGGCAAGGAUUGUGUUUUGUGUGUUUAUUUGGUGUUGGGGCUGAGGGUGUGGAAGACGAGGAAGCUGGCCAGAUAUCAAGAACACUCAAGAAAUACCAGCUCCUAUAAAACCAAGUAACCAGUAAACCUCAAAACAAAACCCAUAUUUUAUUUGAAGCUUUGUAACACGGAGAACUUGGGGAUCAGGGAUACAUUUCCAAGAAAGAAAUACGGCCAGUGACCAAAGGAGUUUGAGUAUCCCACAGCAGCAAGUCUGGGGUGAGGGAGGAGACAGGAGGCCGCCCUGAGCCCACUCCCCCAGCACUGCCUGUUGUGAAGUUUUUACUUGGGUUGUUUUCUGUCCAGCCUGGCUCCUGCCAGAUAAAGGUCAUCGGUAAGAAUAAGCUCACAUUCAUUCUUUGAGACUAACUGAAAAGUGUUCACCGAGUCUUGGCGCACACCUCCUUUCCCUCCUAUUCCCAUUAAACUGAGCACGGAGGUUCCUGACUGUGAACUUGCAGAAAAGCCUCCAUCUCCAGGCUGCUGGUUUCUGGGUUUGCUCUUGGUGUCCUUCAGCUUCCCUCUUAGUAGUGCGGAGUCUUUUCUUUUCUGUUAUAACCUGCCUAUUAGGAAUGGUACACGGUUCGUCUCAACCGUUGGUUCUGAACUAAUAAACGGACAUGUGUAGGCAUCUUAACAUGAUCUGAUGAGGCCUUGGUGGGGAACCAUGGGUUUGUAACCUUUAAAAAAAAGUUUUUUUAAUGCACCUGGCUUAGACCUUAUUUAAAUAAAGCAGUGUUAGAAGAAGG